UUUGAUCGAUGAGAAUUUGUACAAAUGAUGGGGGACUUUUGAUGGUCGUCGUGCCAGUCGGAUUUAAUCUUUUGUGGACAAAAGCCAUUGUCUCUGAGCCGGUGGCGGAUCUAUUAUCUUUUUUUCUUUUUUUGGGGGGGUUCCCCUGUGGCAUAGAUUGCUGUUUAUCGUUCCUCCUUCUUCCAUGUGAGUUGGCUGACAGCAUGGGGACGCUGCUAUUGUUCGCUGCCCUGCAAGUGGUGACAGUCGGUCUGGUGACUGCUGGCUGCCCAGUGGUUUGUGAGUGUCCGGCGGGGCCUUCUUCCUGCCCCCCAGGGGUCAGCUCUGUCGCGGACGGCUGCGGCUGCUGCAAGGUGUGCGCCGCCCAGCUCAACCAGGAUUGCCACGAAGGACGGCCCUGUGACCACCACAAAGGGCUCGAGUGCAACUACGGCAAUGAUGUGGGCCGUACCCACGGCAUCUGCAGGGCAAAGGCUGAGGGCCGCUCCUGCGAAUACAAUGGGCGGAUUUUUCAAAAUGGCGAGAAUUUCAGCGCUGGUUGCAAGCACCAGUGCACCUGCAUCGAUGGAGCGGUGGGCUGCGUGCCCCUUUGCCCCAGCCACGUGCCCCUGGCGUCCCCUUCGUGUCCUGCCCCGCAGCUGGUCAAGGUGCCGGGCCAGUGCUGCCUCAGCAUCGACUGCCACAAGGGAACCACCGUGGUGCCCCCGGCACACCGGCGGCCGCAGCCUCCAGCUUACCCGCCCUACCCCUUCAUCCCCUACCCGGCUUACCCCUACCCCAAGCCUUAUCCGAAACCAUACCGGAAGCUGUACCCCUACAAACCCAAAAAGGAGAAGGACACCAUGGGCAACGAGCUGGUGGAAGUCGGCCGCAAGUGGGACAAGCCGCGUGGAAACAAGCACCUGGCGGCCUGGAGGCAGUUGGGAGACCAGUGCGUGGUUCAGACUACUUCCUGGUCUCAGUGCUCCCGGAGCUGCGGGAUGGGCGUCUCCUCUCGUGUUACCAACGACAAUGCCCGCUGUAAGCUGAUCAAGGAGACGCGCCUGUGCAACAUUAGGCCCUGCAGCUCCAUGUCCAUCCCUGUCAAGAAAGGCAGGAAGUGCUCUCGUACCCACAAGGCCCCGGAGCCCCACCGUCUGUCCUACGCCGGCUGCAGGAGCACCCGCCUGUACAGGCCCAACUACUGUGGCGUGUGCAGGGACGGCCGCUGCUGCUCGCCCCGUCGCACGCGCACCGCCAGCGUGGCCUUCGCCUGCCCCGAUGGCGAGCGCUUCAACAGGUCCGUGAUGUUCAUCCAGUCCUGCAAGUGCAGCGACGAGUGCAACCAUCUCAAUGAGGCCGCCAUGCCGCCACAGCGAUGGCUCUACGGAGACACACAUAAGUUCAUCGACUAGUGAUAUUACCCCCCCCCCCCCCCUCCCCCAACCUACAAAAAAAAAAAAGACUUUGACUCCCCCCAUAGAUUAGAAUAGCUGUCCUUAGUGUAUCUAUGAGUCGACGCAAGAAAGGUGCGAGCGUCAAAACAUCUUUUCUGGAAAAUGAUUUGGGGAGGAAGGGGGAAAAAGGAGAAUGAACGCCAACUUGGAAACAGAAAAGUGACCGGCCCCUGCUUUAGUGUAGAUAAGAAGUAGUCUCUGGCCUGGCCACACUACUUCAGACUGAAAAAAUCUUUGUGGGAGCGCCAAAUGUCCUCUGAACUCUGAGACUUCUGUUGAGGACAGUGGAAGUGGAGCUGAACACACACGCACACACACACACACACACAAACACACACACAAGUCUACUUGUUGACGGUGCAGACUCGCAUCCGCCACAUCGGGCCAGCUAACAGAGAGCUGGUCUUGACAGCGCUUCGGAGCCAAAUAUGAAACCAGCCGGAAUCACAGGUCUGCGCUCUCCAAUAUCUGAGUGUUGAUAAACCAAAUGAAGACUCACAGAGAAGACUUGACAGAAAAGACUGGCACGGUGAUGGCAAAAGAUGGAGGGGCAUCUCGGAUGCUCUGACGGACGCGUGGCUUGUGUCUUUUUAUGGUAUUUAUUCUUUGGUAUUUAUUGUUGAGACAGACGUGAUGCCACAGUGGUCUGCCGCCAAGGGAGGCGGCGCAGCUACGUUCGGAGCAUCGGUGCAGCCGAACGGGGAUCUGAGAGGGACGGAGCAGCUGAGAGCUGUCAGCCAUGAGCGGGAGAGGAGGACUCCCACAGAUCCGGGGCUUGACCCCAGGGGCGCAUCAGAGGUCACGGCAGUCAAAGAGACACAUCUAAUGAUGGAUGACGAAGACUACAGAGGAGAGGAGGUGGUACAUAGCGGAAAAAGACGGAGUCGAGCCUGACGGGUUGCGGCUUUGUGGGCAUUAGUGCGGAAUAUGUCAGAGGCUGUUGACACAGCUGAACACAUCCCCCUGCCUCGCCUCCGCGAGAAACUGAGACAUUUCGCAAGCACCAGCAGAACACGCCUGGGAUUCUGGCGUCAAGGAGUCGACCUCCUAAUUCUGUGCAAAUUACAAUCCUGACUCUGUAGGGGAAGCGGGAGAAAAUCGGCCGCUCUCUGGUUUUGCUGUAAAAAUAAAAUACGAAAAACGGCGUGUACUGCGUCAACAUGUAAUUUGCGAGGAGCGGGUGGAGCCGCUCUGGUGCCCAAAUCUGGCCUGUAAUCGAGCAAUCGACAAUAACUCAUGCGCCUCUGCGUUUGAGUGGUGUUUAUUCCUGACAAGCGCCGACGCCGAGGGCCGUUUCGUCACUCGACGUCACUGUCAGAGACAGAGAGGAGCUUCUGUGCGUCAAUAAGAACCCGUUUCUAAGGACACAACUGGAGGAGAGGGACUCAUUCUCUAAUUUUUUUUGUGACUUAUGUAUUACGACUGGAGAACCCAAAGUAUCUUCCUUGACUGGCAGUUGGGUUUGAGUUCACGCACCUUACGACAGCCCCGAUCCACGACCUAAUCUUGUAGGCCUAUGUUAUGCGAAUGUUAUGCAGAGGAAUUGUGAGAUUUUACAGCAUACUUUUUUUUUUUAAAGCGGUUAUUCUAAAUACUUUUUGGUACCAUUAUGUCUAAGAUUUUCUUCUAUUGUGCCAUAAGAGUGGCUUAGAUGUUGUUGUUUUUAUGCAGUUUUCUGUCCAGCUGGAAGAUAUUUGCCAUCUCUUGGAUCCAAUAUGCUUUCUUAGUUCAGAGUGCCUCCAAUUUUUAACAACUUUGUUACGUUCUUAUUUUUUUUACUUUACAGGUGAUUUAAAAAUGUGUUUGGUAAAUGUUUGCCAUUACUAUUUGCCUAUGUAGAUGCUGUGGUUUUGGUACCUUGUGUCUAGAUUUGUUUAAGGACACUAUAGAGCAGCUACGCAUGUAAAGAUGCAUCGUUACCUUAUUUGUAGUUCUAUCUGCUGUAUUAAGGGCCAGUCCUUUGACCGAAGUUAUGCUGAAGUAGUCCAUGUAUAGUUUAGCACUGAAGGGUUCCGAUCCUUUGAGCAUUAAGUGCCAAUUUAAAAGCAUGAUGACUGUAUGUCUACUAGUGAACAAUAAUACCAACUGUAAUGAUGAAGUCAUGCUUUUAAACAAAAAAAAAGACUCGAGGCAGAACACAAUUUACCAUGUUGCUCACAAAAUAUUCUCUGGUUGUUAUACACACAUUUAAAUGGAGUUCAUUUUUGAAUAAAGAUUUUCACUCAC